CCCAACUCCGGUAUUUUCCAGCUGGUGGCGUUUUUCGCUCACCAAACGAUUAGUUUUUGUAUAGAGGUCAUUGAGAGUAUGGAAUUUGGUCAAAAAAUUUAACGGCUUAAUUGCUACAUGAGGCUUAUUUGAUCGAAAAGAAGUUUGAAUAGAAGGUUGUUACAACGGUACGUGACAUCCCGGAAACUGCGUAUCUGCCCUCUCGGUGUUGUAUUCGCUAGGAACCAAACGGGGAGUGACCUACCUGAAUUUGUCCAAUAAAAAACGAUUUUCCAUUGCAAUACUUUUUUAGUUUCAAUACGUUUUGCUACGGUGUGUACCCAAGUGUUCGAAGUCGCGUUCAAAACAACUGGGAACUCAUGACGUCGGUGAUCUACAGGUCAGAAAGUCGGGCUCUCGAAAGAGACCCGAGUUGGAAUUCCGAAUUGGAUGACCGGUCAAAUCGAUUUCUCCAAGUUGUUUGAACGCGGCAGGAGAUGAGACGCGAGAACCUGGUAUGUAAAAUUAGUUGAGCAACCCAUAUGUAAUUUGGACCUCCGGACGAUCCAACUCGGCUUCUAUUGAGCGAGAUAUAAAAGGGAGGGUGAGCGUAACCAGAGAGGAGUAUCGAUCCAAAGCUACAGAUGACACUGACUCUAUGGGAAACAGAUUAUCCCUCCUUUCACACGUUGACAAUUAUUUAACUCAGUGGCUACAGAAUAGGUUGAUUCUGCCUGAAUCUGUAACUCGUUGGCUACAGAAUAGGUCUAUUUGGCCAGACUGCUUGUCUUCAAAUUCUGUAGUGAACUGGCGUAAGUAAACAAGCGUGUUGCAACUAAUGCUCUCAGAUGUCUGCAGGACCAAUCAGCCAGUCAAUUGUUGAAUCUGACUGACUUCACAUUUGACUUGAAAUGUCCUCACCAAGCAAACGUUGCAUAACGGUCAAAGGCAGAGUGAAAGAGUUUCCUGAUGCAUUUGAGAAAGAAGGCCAGUUGUUUUGCAGAGCAUGUGACAACAAAAAGCCUCUUGAUUACCGUAGGAAGUCAAGUUUGACCAGACACUUUGCCUCAGCUCGUCAUAAGCAGAAAGCCCGUCAAAAGUGUGAAGAAAAUGAGAAUGAAUGUGAAAGUGAACCUAAAAGGAAACGGACCUCUUCAAGUAUGUGUGAAACCCAUCCCAUACUGGACCCAUCCACAGAUAAAGAUGCUGAGCCUAUGGAAACAAAACAGGAACCCAGUAACCCCUUCACAAGUGGUGAUCAUGUUCAGGAGGCACUAGGAGAACACAGAGCAGCUCCUCUCCCAGACCCUCCCUCUCUCCAGCCCUCCUUUUCACUCCCCGCUACCCAACCCUCAUCUCUUCAGACCUACUCUCUGCCAGCCCCCUCUCGACUAUCCCACUCCCUUGAUGUGAGUGAAAAGAAGAGAGGAGAGGAAAGAGAUGCUGAGUUUGUGGACAAGUACAGGGCUGAGCUUAUUCAGAGAGUUACCAUGGUGAUGUACAUAGCAGAUGUCCUGCUCCAGAGGUGUAUGAUCCAUGUUGAGGAGUACUCUAACAUCUCUGCUGCCUUGACCAACCAGAGCCAGAUGAGGGUGCUGUACAAGGCCUUAGACUCAGGGGGAGUAAAAGUCAAAUCAGCCUUCUACAGGAUCCUCCAAGAGCAGUAUACUUAUUUGGUCCAGGAUAUAGGUGUGGACUUUGAUGGACAGACUAGGCGCAAAGUGGAUGUCAUACAGAGAGUUAAAGAGGAAUAUAAAGCCAGUCUGAAAAACAAGUUUAGAUUUCUGUCUAAAGGCACUGCAGUGGAACAAACUCCCCUCAACAGCAUCUACACACAGCUCUACAUCACACAAGGAAAGAGUGAAGGGGUUAAUAAAGAACAUGAGAUUCGACAGAUUGAAUGUACAUCCAAGAGAAAAACAUUCAUGGACACUCCAAUCAACUGCAACGACAUCUUCAAACCCUUACCUGGACAGAAGAAAGAGAUCAGAACUGUAAUGACGAAGGGCAUCACUGGCAUUGGAAAAACAGUUUCAGUCCAGAAAUUCAUCCUCGACUGGGCAGAAGGAAAAGCCAAUCAGGAUGUUGAUUUCAUCUUUGUGCUCCCUUUCAGAGAGCUGAAUCUGAUUAAAGACGAUCAGUACAGUCUUCAUAGACUUUUGAAUGACUUCCAUCCUGAACUUAGAGAGAUAGAAGAUGCACAGAAAUACGAUGACUAUGAAGUCAUGUUCAUUUUUGACGGUCUGGAUGAAAGCAGACUACCAUUAGGGUUUCAUCAAAACAAGAAGUUGAGUGAUCUAACUGAGACAUCAUCAGUUGACAGGUUGAUGACAAACCUCAUUGAGGGGAAUCUACUCCCCGACGCUCUCCUCUGGAUAACCUCCAGACCAGCAGCAGCCAAUCAGGUUCCCCAUGAGUACAUCAACAAGGUGACAGAAGUACGAGGGUUCAAUGACAAACAGAAAGAAGAAUACUUUGAGAAGAAUGUUGAGGAUGAGAAGCUGGCCAGCAGAAUCAUCUCACACAUUAAUACAUCAAGGAGCCUCCACAUCAUGUGCCACAUACCAGUCUUCUGUUGGAUUACUGCCAGGGUUCUUGAGCAAAUGUUGAGUGAUGAUGAGAGUGGAGAGAUCACAACUCUGACUGAGAUGUACAAUCACUUCCUGCUCAUUCAGACAAACCUGAAAAGCAAGAAGUAUGAUGGGAAAAAUGAGACGGAUCUGGACAUAAUCAUAGAACAAAACAAAGAAACCAUUCUCAAACUGGCACAACUUGCAUUUAAACAGCUGGUGAAGGGCAAUCUCAUAUUCUCUAAGAAAGACCUGGAGGAAUGUGGCAUUGAUGUCAGUGAAGCCUCAGUGUACUCUGGGUUUUGCACAGAAAUCUUGAAAGAAGAGUGUGUGUUGUAUCAGAAGGUGUACUGCUUUGUUCACCUGAGUUUCCAGGAGUUCCUUGCUUCUCUGUAUGUGUUCCACUGCUGUGUGAGCAAGAACAUCAAGGCCCUGGAUUCUUUCAUUGGGGAUGUGUCUUCAGAGCUGUCAUUGCAUGAGCUGCUGAAGAUGAUAGUGGAUAAAGCCUUGGAGCGUGCACACAUGGACCUGUUCCUCCGCUUUCUUCUUGGCAUCUCAAUGGAAUCCAACCAGCGACUGUUACAAGGCCUACUGCCACAGACAGAGACCAGCUCAGAGACUGUUGAGGAAAUGAAGAAAUACCUCAGGGAGCCAAACGUAGAGCAAGUCUCACCUGAUAGGUACAUCAAUCUACUCGUCUGCUUGACUGAGAUGAAAGAUGAUUCAGUACAUGAGGACAUUAACAACUUCCUGAAGUCAGGAAAUCAAACAGGAAAUGAACUGUCACCUGUUGCCUGCUCAGCAUUGGUCAAUGCUCUGCUGAUGUCAAAGGGCGUGCUGGAUGAGUUAGACCUGCGGAGAUACAACACAUCUGAGGAGGGGCGUUUGAGACUGAUCCCAGCUGUGAAGAAAUGUAGAAAGGCAAUUUUCUACAGACUGUCUGGCUGGGUACUCCAACAUGAGCUCUUUGAAUCACUGGCCUUCAUUCUCCAAUCAGUAGACUCACAUCUCAGAGAGCUGGACCUGAGGAACAGUCGGAUGUUUCAUGGCAGAGUGAAGGUUCUCUUUGCUGCACUGAAACAUACACACUGUGAAUUGGAUACACUGAGACUGGGUAACUUUACACUCUAUGAGGAGGACUGUGGAUCACUGGCCUCUGUUCUCCAAUCAGCAGACUCCUCUCUGAGAGAACUGGACCUGAGGAACAGUGGACUGUCUGACGGUGGUGGGAGGGAACUCUUUACUGCUCUGAAACAUCCCCACUGUAAACUACAGACACUGAGACUGGAUGGCUUUCGACUCUCUGAGGAGGUCUGUGGAUCCCUUGCCUCCGCUGUACAAUCAGCAGACUCAACCCUGAGAGAGCUGGACCUGAGGAACAGUGUGCUGUUUUAUGAUGUUGAUGAUGAUGACAGGCUGAGGGUACUUUUUGCUGCACUGAAACAUCCACUGGAGAUCCUGAGGCUCAAUAGAUGUUCCCUGACAGAGAGAGGGUGUGAAGCAUUGGCCUCAGUUCUCAGCUCAAACUCCUCUCACCUGAGAGAGCUGGAUCUGAGUCACAAUGACCUGCAGGAUUCUGGAGUGAAGCUGCUCUCUGCUGGACUGGGGAAUCCACACUGUCAACUAGAGAAACUGAGGCUGUCAUUCUGUAGAGUCACAGAGGAAGGCUGUGCUUCUCUGGCCUCAGCUCUGAGGUCAAACCCCUCCCACCUGAGAGAACUGGACCUGAGCUUCAAUCACCCAGGAGACUCUGGAGUGAAGCUGCUCUCUGCUAGACUGGAGGAUCCACACUGUAGACUGGAGAAACUCAAUGUGGACCAUAAUGAAGAGAUCUGGGUUAAACCACAGCUGAUGAAGAAAUAUGCCUGUGAUCUCACACUGGACCCAAACACAGCACACAGAAACCUCUCUCUGUCUGAGGGGAAAAGAAGGGUGGAGAGGGUUAAAGAGGAGCAGCCGUAUCCUGAUCAUCCAGAGAGAUUUGAUCACUAUACCCAGGUGCUGUUUAGAGAGGGUCUGACUGGACACUGCUACUGGGAGGUAGAGUGGAGUGGGAUGGAGGCUACCAUAGGAAUGACAUAUGAAGGCAUCAGCAGGAAAGGAAGACGUCGUGUCUGUAAGCUUGGAUACAAUGAUGAGUCCUGGUGUCUGAUCUGCAAUCGGGAUGGUUACUCUGCCUUGCACAAUAAUGAAGAGACUGGUAUACCUGACCAGCACCUCAACAACUCUCCCCAGAGAGACCAGUCCUCCUCCCGUCCACUCCCCAGAGUAGGAGUGUUUCUGGACUGGCCAGCUGGCACUCUGUCCUUCUACGAGGUCUUCUCUGACACAAUGACCCACCUGCACACUUUCCAGGCCACAUUCACUGAGCCCCUCUACCCAGGGUUUGCAGUUCAGCAUCCUCACACCUCCAUGUCCCUUGUGUUUGCCAGCAGUCCUGUACUACCAGAGGAACCUAUUUAUUCAGAUCUGGAGAUUAUUCCGGAUCUGAACCUGUCCACCUCUGCAGCUGAUCCCAGAACUGUAGGGGCUCUCAUGCCACCCACAUCUGUAAGAAGGACUGAGGAGGAUCUUGUCCUGCUGGUUGGCAGUUCUUCUAGUACCUUGGACAGAGAAGCAUCAGGUAGCAAAGACACAAAGGAAAAAGAUGCACUGGUCACGAGACCCACAAUGAAGACAGUACCAGAUCUGCUGCUGACCACUCUGGAGAAGCUCAGAGACACACUGAGGGACUUUCAGUCUAACCUAGCUAGCGUCCAGCUGCCUGGCUAUCCUCCAAUCCCAGAGAGCCAGUUGAGGAACGCUGAUGGACAGGACACAGUGAAUCAGAUGGUUGAGAGAUACGGCGCUGAGAGAGCUGUGGGGAUCACGCUGAGGAUCCUGAGGAAGAUGGAACUGAAAAAUCUUACAAAGGAGUUAAAAAGAAAACACAGAAGAGUUUUUCUUCCACACAAAUUCCAGGCCCCAACAUGGAAGGCCCAAAAAGAAAACUUUGGACCAACUAGUGAAGCGAAUUGUAGCAGCUCCUUUCCCAGCAGAAGUGAGGAUGAACUCAUCAAGAGGCGUAAAAGAACAGUGCUGUCUGGAAUUUCCAGUGAAGAGAACGAAAACAAACAAGUCCGGCCGGGAUCUGGUCGUUUUUCUAGUACUUUGGACAGGCGGGCAUCACGCAGUAAAGAUUCACCUCUCCUCCUGGACUCCAAUGAUCCCAUUGUUGGACAGGCCUUCAUCUUCCCAAGACCACCCAGACCCUUGAUAGGCUCUCUAACUUUUCCAUCAUCUAACCAAGGUUCAUUUGGAGUGAAGAGUGAGAAACGUGUCAGAGUGUCUGACGGCUUAACUGAGGCCAUGGAGGAGUUAAGCAUCACAGAAUGUAGAAUAGUGGACCAGAGCCUGUGUACUACUGACCCUCCCAUGAGAUCUCCUGAGAACUUUGAACCAGGUGUCGAUGAUCAUGAGGGCAAGGGAGCAUAUCAGUUCCAGUGCCCCAGUGCAGGUCUGUUCCAGUGCAGUAUAACAGACCUGGUGUUUAGGAUGGAGGGAGAGGGAGAGGUGCUUUAUAGGACAGUCCCCUGGGACAGGAGGCUUCUAGCCCAGAGAGGCAAGAGGCCUGCAGGACCCCUGUUCAAGUUUACAUGCCUUAAGUUGUCUGUCUGUCAACUACGCCUCCCACACUGUGAGAUUCAUUCUGAGGGUGGAUGUGACUUCCUGUCUGUAGCCCAUGUGACUGAUGAUGACAGUAUGGAGUUUCUCCUUCCCCAUGAGACAACAGAAACUCACGUCAUAUUAAACAUCACUGGAUUCUGCAAAUAUGGCAUCACCAAGGAACAGGAAGCUCCUGUCUCUCCUAUCCGUGCUCUGGUGCUACUAUUUUACCAACUCCCAGAUGAUAAAAAUAAUUCCACCCUAAAUGUUUUGUUGCUGCCCAGAAAUGUUGACAUUGAAGAGGUGUGUAAGACCAGGAGGACAAGGAAUGGAGACAGAGAAAUCUACAUUGAAAAAAAUCCUAACUGUAGACUAACCCCGGACCAAGAAUAUACCCUCUCCACCGAUCUAACAGAUGAACAUCACAUAGAUCCAAAGGAAGCAGAGUUUGUGGAUUAUGAUUCCUAUACAAACUACAUGCCAACAUUUCAGUUGUAUUUACAAACUGUUAUUAAAAAAGUGAAUCUUCUUCUGGAAGAACAUGGUGGUCCAGAAAAUGAACGUAUAUGGGACCGCCUUGUUUCACUACCAGUCUCCCCAACAGAAGUUCCAUCUUCAGUUACACCACCAGGUGGCGCUACAGCAUGGACAACGAAGGUUAAUUUUCUGCUGUUGGACACUCUGGAAGAGCUGGGCCGAAGCGACAUGAAGAAAUUUCAGUGGUACCUGAUUAAGGGUGUGGAGGGCUUCUCUUCCAUCUCAAAGGGCCAGCUGGAGGAUGCUGACAGGCUGGUCACAGUGGAUAGGAUGGUAGAGAGCUACUGUGAUGAGGGAGCUGUGAAGAUCACACUGGAGAUCCUGAGGAAGAUGGGCCUGAACAACCUGGCUGAUGAGUUAAAGGAGUUGACAAAAAAUGUAAAAUGUAAAUGAAGGAUGUCUUAUCUUAAACGAGAUCUAUCUGCAACAUUAUGAAUGUUUAAAGAAAUGCUCUGGUACUUUGGCGACUAGUAAGUAUUUUUUAAACCUCCAGGUUUGGGCUGGAUGUGUCAAUGUGUGAAAUGCUUACUUUGAAAGCCACUGUUUUCUGGAAGCUGUGCUGCACCAUUUUCCCCCCACAGGGGCAGGCCUCUAGCAAUUUGACCUCCAGACAAUGAGAUGCAGCCUCACCAUUUGACUGACAGCUAGCAAGGAUCACACACAGCAGAGCGAGAGAGCAAUGACAUGGUGCACAUACAGUUGAAGUUGGAAGUUUACAUACACCUUAGCCAAAUACAUUUAAACUCAGUUUUUACACAAUUCCUGACAUUUAAUCCUA